AUGAACAUCAUAAAAAUAGAUAUAGAUAAGAGUUGGAUCUCAAGGCCACGAGGUAGUAUUGAAUACAAGGCCGGGUUGAACAAAUUUUUGGAUUUCGCAUUUGCGAAUGCAUCAUCCGAUGGGAUGAUACAUUGUCCAUGUCCUUCGUGUGGGUUCCGGCUAUUCCAAACUAGAGAGGAUGCUUACGAUCACUUGCUGUUAAAACCGUUUCCUGCUAAGUAUACUUUUCGGUUACAUCACGGGGAGAGACACGUAGGAGAGAGUUCUACUGAGACACAUGAAACUGACCCUGGUAGCGUCUAUCGAGAUCCAAUGCGCGACAUGGUUCGUGAGGCAUUCAACUUUCCAGAUUCUGUUGUCGAUGAAGAUGACUCGAGCAACAAAGAUUUUGAGGGGGAUGCCGAAGAGUUGCCUUAUUUGUACAGCGAACCUAGUCAGGCGGCCUGUCAUUUUGAUGAGCUGCUUGAGGAUGGAGAGCAGGAAUUGUAUCCGGGUUGUGCGAAAUUCUCGAAGUUGGCUUUCUUGGUCAGGCUAUACCAUAUAAAGUGCAUGUGCGGCGUGAGCGACAAGGCAUUCGGAAUGAUACUAGAGUUACUGUGUGAGGCCUUUGAGCACGCAAAGAUUCUGGCUUCACUGCACGAUGCCAAGAGGAUCAUACGAAAGCUCGGUAUUGCGUACAAGAAGAUAGAUGCAUGUCCGAAUGACUGCAUGCUAUAUCAGGGCAGCGAUCAAGUACUGUCUAGGUGCAAGAUAUGUGGGACCUCGAGAUGGAAGCAAAAGACUAGGAGGAAUUCCAUUAUCCGGAUCAAUGUGGUUGUUAAGAAGAAAGGGAAGCCGCAGGCGGCGAAGGUUCUUCGGUACUUUUCCCUUGUUCCACGACUGCAGCGGAUGUUCAUGUCCAGUAAGACAUCUGUUGACAUGUUGUGGCACAAGAAAGGUCCUAACUCGGAUGGUUUUUUGAGGCGCCCACGAGACGGAGAGGCAUGGAAGGCAUUUGAUAGAAGAUAUACUCACUUCAGUGGUGAUCCACGCAGCGUUCGCUUAGCCUUAGCUAGCGAUGGCUUUAAUCCCUUCGAAAAUCUCAGCUCAAGGUACUCGAUCUGGCCCCCGUUGAUAGAUGAGUUGAAGCAGCUGUGGCGUGGUGUUGAUACGUACGACGCUAGUGAGAAAAAAACAUUCAAGCUGCAUGCUGCGUUGAUGUGGACAAUCAGCGAUUUUUCAGGGUUGGGCAACUUAUCUGGGUGGAAUACGUACGGUGGGAGAGCAUGUCCUACGUGCAACCUGGAUGCCGAGUCUAAGCGACUCACGUUUAGUCAGAAAUGGUGUUUCAUGGGUCAUCGGCGCUUUCUGAAACAAGGCCACAGAUUUCGGCAGGACCGGGUCAGAUUUGAUGGGAAGGUAGAGGCCAGAGGUCCGCCUGUAACAUUGUCGGGUGGAGAUAUUUUGAGACAGUUGGAUAAUGUGCAUGUCAAGCUUGGCAAGGUGCAAACGGAAGCCGGUAAAAGAGCGCGCGGACAACAGGCUGCAUUACAAGACGAGUCUUCUUGGAAAAAAAGGAGUAUAUUCUUUGAACUCCCAUAUUGGGAGUAUAAUUUGUUGCGUCACAAUAUGGACGUGAUGCACAUAGAGAAAAAUAUGUGCGACAACAUUAUCUACACGAUACUGAACGAUAGUGGUAAAUCCAAGGACAACCUCAAAGCUCGAAAAGACCUCCAGCUGAUGGAAAUUAGGCAUGAACUCUGGCCACGAAAAGAUGGAAAGUAUCCCACUACAAUAUUUUCCAUAUCGAAUUCACAGAAGGACGUUUUUCUUAGGAACUUAAAGAAUGUCGUCUUUCCAGAUGGUCAUUCAAGCAACAUAUCUCGCUGUAUUGACCUACAACAGCGAAAAAUAUCCGGCUUGAAAAGUCACGACUCCCACAUUCUCAUGGAACAUCUUCUCCUAAUAGCUAUCAGGAAUGUAUUGGAAGCCCCAGUGGCAGCGUCCUGGCUGAUUUGUCAACUUUCUUUAGACGACUAUGCAGUAAAUCUAUAG